AUCCGGCCCUACCUAUAACCAUGCUUUUUAAAAAGGAAACUAAUCCACAAACAGAAAAGGCUAGAAUGAAAUAUGGCAAAUAGUUAACUAUGGUUGUAUCUGGGUCAUUUUUUCUUCUAAUUAUCUGUAUUUUCCACAUUGAAAACAUUAAAAAUUUAUUACAUUAAAAACAAGGUUGCAAGUCCACUGCCUGUUCUCCUAUUUGAUUGAAAAUUACACUCUACUGGUAUUUCUUCUUCGUUCUAGUCUUACUUUCCUGAACAGAAACUCUUUAGUCUUCCCAAAGGCCACAGUAGGAAGUGGAUAUUGCAGCCAUGUUUACCACCCACCCCACAGCUGACAACCUGGCCACUGGAGCCGGCUGUCAAAAUCAGGCCUGCGAAAGGGAAGUUCAGACAGAGCCCGGGCUUCUACCGCCUAGGGCUUUCUGGACAGCGCUACUUCAGAUCAGUUACUUCUUUUUCCCCCCUUCUAAAUAGCCGGCCGAAUGCUCUUUUUCCAGUUCUGGCUGAGUUGUUAGCUUCAGCCGGGUGGGGACGCCUGCCAGGUACCUGGCUCCGUGAGCACUGCCCGAACUGGUCAGGCCAGUCUGCCCUGUGGCUGUUUCUGCCAGGACUUGCCCAUGUGUGUGCGCGUGUGUCAGAGACCCACCCUUCUCCCCUGCAACCCAGGUAGGAGGAAGGCAGCUGCAGGCACCAGCCUGGCAGUCGGUCCAGAUGGGUGGAGCUGAAUUAAUCUAACCUGGAAUUUCAACUUGGCCUGCACAACAGGCAGCGCUGACCCUGGAGGAGAAAUACCAGGAGAAACUCCUCACCUGCCCUGCCCCAGCCGCACAUCCACCUGCUCACCUCAUGCCUGGGUUCAGGGUGGGUGAGGGUGAAGAACCCACCCAGCCAAGAUGAUCCUUUCUCUGGGGGCUGCUGCCGGUUUCCUCCCCCAGAUCCUGGGCCCCAGCAGGUGGGAAAGUGGCCCCCAACGGAGCCCUAUCAGACUGCUGCAGAGGAGGUGAAGAGGGGUGGAGAAGAGGCACCCAUCUGGGAGACUGAAGCUACUUCAUUCUUCAUCCCUGUAGACUCUUGACUGUUUUAGGAGAGAAGGACCUGUUGGUGGCCUUUGCCGGCAGCAGGAAAUUGGACUGUGGUUCUACCCCAGCACCUAUGCGCCCACCUCUGGCAGCAUCAUGAGCCAGUUUCAGGUGCCCCUGGCGGUCCAGCCAGACCUGCCUGGCCUUUAUGACUUUCCUCAGGGCCAGGUGAUGGUAGGGGGCUUCGCAGGGCCUGGGCUUCCCAUGGCCGGGAGUGACCCCCAGCUCCGAGGGGGCGGAGAUGGGCGGAAGAAACGGAAGCGGUGUGGUACUUGUGAGCCUUGCCGGCGGCUGGAAAACUGCGGGGCUUGCACUAGCUGUACCAACCGUCGCACACACCAGAUCUGCAAACUGCGCAAGUGUGAGGUGCUGAAGAAAAAAGUGGGGCUUCUCAAGGAGGAAUCCUCACAACCUUACGGAGUAGCUGCUAUGUGUAGUUCGAUUUUACAGAUGAGCAAAGAGAGGCUAAGAGAGGUGGAAAUAAAGGCUGGUGAAGGAGCUGGGCCUUGGGGACAAGAAGCUGCUGUCAAGACAGGCUCAGAGCUCAGCCCAGUUGAUGGACCUGUUCCAGGUCAGAUGGACUCAGGGCCAGUGUACCAUGGGGACUCCCGGCAGCUAAGCGCCUCAGGGGCGCCGGUCAAUGGUGCUAGAGAGCCCGCUGGACCCAGUCUGCUGGGGGCUGGGGGUCCUUGGCGGGUAGACCAGAAGCCUGACUGGGAGGCUGCCACAGGCCCAGCUCACACUGCUCGCCUGGAAGAUGCCCACGAUCUGGUGGCCUUUUCGGCUGUGGCCGAAGCUGUGUCCUCUUAUGGGGCCCUUAGCACCCGGCUCUAUGAAACCUUCAACCGUGAGAUGAGUCGUGAGGCUGGGAACGACAGCGGGGGACCCCAGCCAGGGCCUGAGGGCUGCUCUGCUGGCAGCGAAGACCUUGACACACUGCAGACGGCCCUGGCCCUCGCGCGGCAUGGCAUGAAACCACCCAACUGCAACUGUGAUGGCCCAGAAUGCCCUGACUACCUCGAGUGGCUGGAGGGGAAGAUCAAGUCUGUGGUCAUGGAAGGAGGGGAGGAGCGGCCCAGACUCCCAGGGCCUCUGCCUCCUGGUGAGGCUGGCCUCCCAGCACCAAGCACCAGGCCACUCAGCAGCUCCGAGGUCCCCCAGAUACCUCCCCCGGAGGGCCUGCCCCUGUCCCAGAGUGCCCUGAGUAUUGCCAAGGAAAAGAACAUCAGCCUGCAGACGGCCAUCGCCAUUGAGGCCCUCACACAGCUCUCUUCCGCCCUCCCCCAGCCUUCUCAUUCCACCUCCCAGGCUUCUUGUCCCCUUCCUGAGGCCUUGUCCCCUCCGGCCCCUUUCAGAUCUCCCCAGUCUUACCUCCGGGCGCCCUCGUGGCCUGUGGCUGCCCCUGAAGAGCAUGCAUCUUUUGCUCCUGAUAGCCCUGCUUUCCCUCCUGCAACUCCUAGGACUGAGUUUCCUGAAACCUGGGGCGCCGAUACCCGGCCAGCAACCCCUCGGAACUCCUGGCCCAUGCCCCGCCCAAGCCCAGACCCCAUGGCUGAACUGGAGCAGUUGUUGGGCAGUGCCAGUGAUUACAUCCAGUCAGUAUUCAAGCGGCCUGAGGGCCUGCCCACCAAGCCCAAGGUCAAGGUUGAGGUGCCCCCUUCAUCCCCAGCCCCAGCCCCAGCGCCAGCCCCAGCCCCAGCGCCAGCCCCAGCGCCAGCGCCAGCCCCAGCCCCAGCCCCAGCCCCAGCCCCAGCCCUAGCUCCAUUUCCUGUUCUCAAGAGGGAGGCCUCCGAGCCAGACACCCACCAGAAGGCCCAGACUGCCCUGCAGCAGCACCUCCACCAUAAGCGCAGUCUCUUCCUAGAGCAGACCCACAACAACACUUUCCCCCCUCCCUCAGAGCCUCCUGCUCCUGGCUGGUGGCCCCCCCCAAGGUCAGCUACCCCGCGGCCUCCAGACAGACCACCCAAGGAAAAGAAGAAGAGGGCCCUGUCACUAGCUCGGGUGCUUCUGGGAAUAGACAAAGCUGCCCCUGGGAUGAAGCCUGGUGUUCAAAAGCCCAUUCAGAUCAAGAGGUCUAGGCCACGGGAAGCGCAGCCUCUCUUCCUGCCUCUCCGGCAGAUCGUCCUGGAAGGGCCAAGGUCCACAGCCUCUGAGGAAGUGCAGGCACCUCCACCUGCCCCUCUCUCUGCCGCACAGGGCUCUGCUGGCCCCCUGCCCCCAGAACCUUCUCUUGCGCUAUUUGCACCUAGUCCCUCCGGGGACAGCCUGCUGCCCCCUACUCAGGAAAUGAGGUCUCCCAGCCCCAUGGCAACCCUGCAGCCAGGCUCUACUGGUCCUCUCCCCGCUGCCGAUGACAAGCUGGAAGAGCUCAUCCGGCAGUUUGAGGCUGAAUUCGGGGAUAGCUUUGGGCUUCCUGGCCCCCCUUCUGUACCCAUUCAGGACCCUGAGAACCAGCCAACAUGCCUCCCAGCGCCCGAGAGCCCUUUUGCUGCGCGCUCCCCCAAGCAAAUCAAGAUCGAGUCUUCAGGGGCCGUGACUGUGCUCUCAACUACCUGCUUCCACUCGGAGGAGGGAGGCCAGGAUGCCACACCCACCAAGGCUGAGAACCCACUCACACCCACUCUCAGUGGCUUCUUGGAGUCGCCUCUUAAGUACCUGGACACACCCACCAAGAGUCUGCUGGACACACCUUCCAAGAGAGCUCAGGCCGAGUUCCCCACCUGCGAUUGCGUUGAACAAAUAGUGGAGAAAGAUGAAGGCCCAUAUUAUACUCACCUGGGAUCAGGCCCCACGGUAGCCUCUAUACGGGAACUCAUGGAGGAGCGGUAUGGAGAGAAGGGGAAAGCCAUCCGGAUCGAGAAGGUCAUCUACACCGGGAAGGAGGGGAAGAGCUCCCGUGGCUGCCCCAUUGCCAAGUGGGUGAUCCGCAGGCAUACGCUGGAAGAGAAGCUGCUCUGCCUGGUGCGGCACCGGGCAGGCCACUACUGCCAGAACGCUGUGAUCGUCAUCCUCAUCCUGGCCUGGGAGGGCAUCCCCCGUAGCCUCGGAGACACCCUCUACCAGGAGCUCACGGACACCCUCCGGAAAUAUGGGAACCCCACCAGCCGGAGAUGCGGCCUCAACGAUGACCGGACCUGCGCUUGCCAAGGCAAAGACCCCAACACCUGCGGUGCCUCCUUCUCCUUUGGCUGUUCCUGGAGCAUGUACUUCAAUGGCUGUAAAUACGCUCGAAGCAAGACACCUCGCAAGUUCCGCCUCGCAGGGGACAAUCCCAAAGAGGAAGAAGUGCUCCGGAGGAGUUUCCAGGACCUGGCCACCGAAGUUGCUCCCUUGUACAAGCAGCUGGCCCCUCAGGCCUAUCAGAACCAGGUGACCAAUGAAGAAGUAGCGAUCGACUGCCGUCUGGGACUGAAGGAAGGGAGGCCCUUCGCGGGGGUCACAGCCUGCAUGGACUUCUGUGCCCACGCCCACAAGGACCAGCAUAACCUCUACAAUGGGUGCACCGUGGUCUGCACCCUGACCAAGGAGGACAAUCGCUGUGUGGGCAAGAUCCCCGAGGAUGAGCAGCUGCACGUCCUCCCCCUGUACAAGAUGGCCAACACGGACGAGUUUGGCAGCGAGGAGAACCAGAACGCCAAGGUGGGCAGUGGAGCCAUCCAAGUGCUCACCUCCUUCCCUCGUGAGGUCCGGCGCCUGCCUGAGCCUGCCAAGUCCUGCCGCCAGCGGCAGCUGGAAGCCAGGAAGGCAGCGGCCGAGAAGAAGAAGCUUCAGAAGGAGAAGCUGAGCACUCCGGAUAAGAUCAAGCAGGAGGCCCUGGAGCUGGCUGGUGUCCCAACCGAUCCAGGCCUAUCUCUGAAGGGUGGAUUGUCCCAGCAAAGCCUGAAGCCCUCUCUCAAGGUAGAGCCACAGAACCACUUCAGCUCCUUCAAGUACAGCGGUAACUCGGUGGUGGAGAGCUACUCGGUGCUGGGCAACUGCCGGCCCUCCGACCCCUACAGCAUGAACAGCGUGUACUCCUACCACUCCUACUAUGCACAGCCCAGCCUGGCCCCUGUCAACGGGUUCCACUCCAAGUACACCCUCCCUUCGUUUGGCUACUACGGCUUCCCCUCCAGCAACCCGGUCUUCCCCUCUCAGUUCCUAGGUCCUGGUGCCUGGGGGCACAGUGGCAGCAAUGGCAGUUUUGAGAAGAAGCCAGACCUCCACACUCUGCACAACAGCCUGAGCCCGGCCUACGGUGGUGCUGAGUUUGCCGAGAUGCCCAGCCAGGCUGUUCCCGCAGACACCCACCACCCCACUCCUCACCACCAGCAGCCUGCUUACCCAGGCCCCAAGGAGUAUCUGCUUCCCAAGGCCCCCCAGAUCCACCCGGUGUCCAGGGACCCCUCUCCCUUCGCUCAGAGCUCCAACUGCUACAACAGAUCCAUCAAGCAAGAGCCAGUAGACCCGCUGACCCAGGCCGAGUCUGUGUCCAGAGACCCUGGUAAGAUGGGCAAAACACCUCUGCCCGAAGCAUCUCAGAAUGGGGGACCCAGUCACCUAUGGGGACAGUACACAGGAGGCCCGAGCCUGUCCCCCAAAAGGACUACCAGUGUGAAUGGCAGCUGGGGCAUGUUCCCUUCUGGGGAGAACCCUGCCAUCGUCCCUGACAAGCUCAGUUCCUUUGGGGCCAGCUGCCUGACCCCUUCCCACUUCUCAGAUGGCCAGUGGGGGCUGUUCCCUGGCGAGGGCCAGCAGUCCUCUCCCCAUCCUGGAGGACGGCUGCGAGGCAAACCUUGGAGCCCCUGCAAGUUUGGGAACAGCACCUCGGCCUUGGCGGGGCCCGGCCUGACUGAGAAGCCGUGGGGGCUGGGGGCAGGGGAUUUCAGCUCUGCUCUGAAAGGCAGUCCUGGGUUCCAAGACAAGCUGUGGCACCCCAUGAAAGGAGAGGAGGGAAGGAUUCCAACCCCAGGGGCGAACCAGCUGGACAAAUCAUGGCAGUCUUUCGGCAUGCCCCUAGGCUCCAGCGAGAAGCUGUUCGGGGCCCUGAAGUCCGAGGAAAAGCUGUGGGAUCGCUUUGGCCUGGAGGAGGGCCCGACUGAGGAGCAGCCCCCCAGCAAGGCUUCGGUGAAGGAAGAGAAGGAGAAGGCCGUUGGGGGCGGCCCUGAGGAAGAGGAGGAGCUGUGGUCGGACAGUGAACACAACUUCCUGGAUGAGAACAUCGGCGGUGUGGCGGUGGCCCCGGCCCACGGCUCCAUCCUCAUCGAGUGUGCCCGGAGGGAGCUGCACGCCACCACGCCGCUCAAGAAGCCCAACCGCUGCCACCCCACCCGCAUCUCGCUGGUCUUCUACCAGCACAAGAACCUCAACCAGCCCAAGCACGGGCUGGCCCUCUGGGAAGCCAAGGUGAAGCAGCUGGCAGAGAAGGCGCGGGCGGAGCAGGAGACGGCCGCCCGGCUGGGCCUGGAGCAGCCCGAGGCCAAGCUCUACGGGAAGAAGCGCAAGUGGGGCGGCGCGGUGGUCUCCGAGCCCCAGCAGAAGGAGAAGAAGAAGGGGCUCGUCCCCACCCGGGUGUCGCUGUCCGUGCCCACAGACUCGACGGUCACCGUGUCCUCCUACGCCUACACGAAGGUCACUGGCCCCUACAACCGCUGGAUCUAGGUGCCAGGGAGCCAGCGUACCUCAGCGUCGGGCCCGGCCCGAGCUGCCUCUGUGGUGCUUUUGCCCUCACACCUGGGGGCGGGUUGGGGGUGCAGAAGUCUUUCUAUCUAUAUAUACAUAUAUAGAUACGCAUAUCAUAUAUAUGUAUUUAUGGUCCAAACCUCAGAACUGACCCGCCCCUCCCUUCCCCACACUUCCCCAGCACUUUGAAGAAGAAACUACGGCUGUCGGGUGAUUUUUUUCCGUGAUCUUAAUAUUUAUAUCUCCAAGUUGUUUUUCCCCCUUGUUUGGGGGGGCUUUUAUUUUCUCUUUGUUUUUAAAACUCUAUCCUUGUAUAUCACAAUAAUGGAAAGAAAGUUUAUAGUGUCCUUUCACAAAGGAGUAGUUUUAAAUUCCAUUUAAAAUGUG